AGCAAAUCUACGAAUUUAUGUUUUGUGCAAAAUGGACACUGAAUAUUGGACCACCCGUAAUCCGACCAUGUCGGAUUAUUUGGAGUUUGAUUGGAGGACUGGAGUCCUAUCAAACGAAAUUCUAAAAACCGUUCCACAAACAAAAGAGAUUUUUGACAGGAACAAAUCCGUUUUAGGACUUAGAAAAAUGCUUAGGCAAUGUGAAGACCUCGAAUUAAGGAACAAUGCACCCCAAGACGACAGUACUCUUUUAAAAUUUCUGUACGCCAGAAAAUUUGACGUACAAGAAUCCUUCGAUUUGUUGAAAAACUUCUAUUACUACCGAAAAAGAAACAUGGACUUGUUUCAGAAUUUUAACCUACAAGCUCUCGAUAUAGUAAAGGCCUUAGAAAACGGAUUGCCAGGAGUGUUACCUUCAAAAGACAGAAAAGGCCGUUCGGUUUUUGUAUUUAACGCCAGCAACUGGGACUGCAGCAACUACACAAUAAUCAGCAUAUACAGGGCGCUGCUAUUUAGUUUAGAACACCUGAUAAAAGAUACUCCCAACCAAGCAAACGGAUUCGUAGUGAUAGUCGACUGGACCGAGUUCACUUUUAGACAGGUGACCCAUUUGAAACCUGGCGCUCUAAGGCUGAUGAUUGAAGGACUGCAGGACUGCUAUCCCGCCAGAUUUAAAGGAAUACACUUCAUAGGACAACCUUGGUACGUGGAGGCGGCUCUAACGGUAAUAAAACCCUUUCUAAAGGAAAAAAUCAAAGAUAGAAUGUACGUCCACGGUAAUAAUUUGAGUACGUUGCACGAACACGUCCAUAGAGAUAUUUUACCGGCCGAAAUGGGCGGGGAACAACCAUCCUAUAACCCCAGAAGUUGGCUGGAGAAGCUACAACUCCACAUGAUACAGAACGAAGAGAAAAAAAAUACUACCUAGUUUUUUUUCAUUACUUAUAAAGACUAAAUACCAAUGAGAUUUUAAUCAAAAAAACUUUCCCGGAUUUCAUUCAUAUAUCGAGUACCUAAGGGUCAAAAUCAAUGAAUGAAUCAUUUAUGAAAUUUUGAGGAAAUUUACAAAUAAUUGUAUUUUUUAGACUCUGAGUGCAUUCUGAAUGCAUAAAUGCGAAAUAUACUUAUGUAGGUUUAAAUUAUGAUAAAAUGACAAUAAAGAUUUUGAUCUGUGAUCCCUAUAUCCAUAUGUAUUAAU